AUGGCCGACAAAAUCCACGACAGCAGCCUCUCCAUCAGAGAGAGAAUGGAAGCGCUUGUGCGCUUGAAGCAGAAGGAAAUCACCGACGGGCUUGCCGCCUUGGACACCACCACGUUCCACACGGAUGCCUGGGUGAGAGGAAACAACGGCGGAGGCGGAGAGUCGAUGGUUCUCCAGGACGGCACCACUUUUGAAAAGGGCGGUGUCAACAUCUCAAUUGUCCACGGCAAAUUGCCUCCUCAGGCUGUCCAGCGAAUGCGUGCUGACCACCGUAACCUCAAGGGUGCAGCUGACGGAUCGGUGGACUUUUUCGCCUGUGGAUUAUACUUUGAAACCACCGAUCCCGACAAUGGCGAGGUGAUGACAUGGUGGUUUGGCGGUGGAUGCGACCUCACACCUUCGUACUUGUAUGACGAGGACGCUAAGCACUUCCACCAGACACACAAGGAUGCAUUGGACAAGUACGACACGGCAUUGUACCCCAAGUGGAAGAAGUGGUGCGACGAGUACUUCUACAUCAAGCACAGAAACGAGACUAGAGGCGUUGGCGGCAUUUUCUUUGACGACUUUGACGACAAGCCCGCCGACGAGAUCUUACGAAUUGUAGAAUCGUGCUUCGACGCCUUUUUGCCCUCCUACGUGCCGCUUGUUGAAAAACGCAUGCAUCAAGACUUCACUGCCGAGCAGAAAAAGUGGCAGCAGAUCCGCCGCGGGCGCUACGUCGAAUUCAACUUGGUCUUGGACAGAGGCACGCAGUUUGGCUUGCAGACGCCCGGCUCGCGAGUCGAAAGUAUUUUGAUGUCGUUGCCUGCAACGGCCAGCUGGGUCUACGACCACCAUCCAGAAGAAGGCACCGAGGAGGCCCGUUUGGUGAAGGUUUUGCAGAAUCCAGUCGAGUGGUGCUAG